UUGCUUAAAUGACUAUGUGAGGAGACAACUUUGCUGCUUUAUUUUUUUCUAUUUCUCUACACGUUUAUCAAAUAACAGUUUUGCAAAGGAUUUCUAUAACUUCAGUUAUGUAACGUAGAUAAACAGAUGGCGCACUUCAACGAGCAAAUUAAAUGAAGACAGCUCUGUCAUUAUUUUACAAUUCUGCAGGCGGAAUAAAGCAUUUAAUAACAGUGUAUAAAUUUAAAACACAUUGGAUUAAAUACGGGCCAAAUAUCAGGGGUUAAUGAUCUAGGCCAGUAUGACGUUUGGAAUAUUUCUACUUGUUGCUGCACUUAUAGCUGGAGUAGAGAGCGUACCUACAAUCAGCGCAAUCAACAAUCUGUCAUCAAUGCUUAUGAAAGGCUACAAUAAGAAUACUCUACCAAUCGCAGAUUUUGACGGGAAAUUUGAGCUAAAUGUUGAAGUAUUUCUAGUCGCUCUAGGUGACAUUGACGAAAUCGAGGAGAGACUAUCUACUGUACUGAUGUUUAUCUAUACCUGGAAUGACGUAAGUAUGAGGUGGAACUCCAGUGAUCACAGUGACAUACAGAAUUUAACAAUGACCUGGUCUCAAGUCUGGAAACCUAUCUUACUCGUGAUUAAUCCGCACCAGGAAGCUACCCAGAGUCAUUCCGAAAGAGCCUCG